CAUUGCAAGGCAUAUUAGAUAUAAAGAAAAAUUUUUAAUUCGAUUACGGCAGAUAUUGAAAGGCACGUUAAUUAAUGCAAAAGUUUUUAUUAAAUUGCUGCUAUGGAUUUAAUACAGGCCUUUAAAUUUAUAAUUUUAUUAGUUUUAAGCUCAAGUGCAUUAGGAAACGAGACUGAUGCUAUUACAAAUAAACAUCCUACUAACACAACAUCCAAACAACUGUUGAUAACUGAAAGAAUCAAUUUCAUUCCGCGGGAUUAUGUUAGAUUUGAAGACAGUUAUUAUAAAUAUCAUCAAGAUCCACAAACAUGGAAUGAAGCACGUCAAAUUUGUGAAGCAGAAGGUGCCUACUUAAUAAUAAUUAAUUCAGAAGAGGAAGCGCAAUUUCUUCUUCGUUUGAUGAAUCAAUACCCAGAUGCUGUUAUAGAUGAUAAAAGCUGUGAUAAACAUGAUGUUUUUGUAGGAUUUCAUGAUUUGUUUCAAGAAGGCCAAUAUGUUACAAUUGAUGGAAAAUCAAUAAGAAGUUCAGGAUAUGUACAUUGGGAACCUGAUCAACCUGACAAUUGGCAAGGUAACGAAAAUUGUGGUACUUUUUCUCGCUAUCCUUCAAGCGGCUUAAAUGACAGAUUCUGCAACUGCCCACUAACUUAUGUUUGUGAAAUUCCAUUGAAAUCAUGUUAAAUAAAUAAAUGAAGAUUUCAUAUAAAAAUUUGUUCAUUCAUAUUCACUUAAUGAAAGACAAUAUCAAAUAAAAAUUAAAGAACUUUGAUGCGAUUAAAAAACAAAUUUAAUCACAGGGAAGUUGAUCCAGUUUUAUGUUUCGUAUCUUUAUUACGACUUCGUC